CAGCGCUCGGCCGUUGGGAAGUGCGUCACGGCGGGAGCGCGCCUGCGCCAGGGCGGCGGAUUCGAACGGCGGCGGGCGGCGCUGAGCCCUGUCACGGCAGCAGAAGGAGAAGGAGAACGGGGAGGAAGAGGAUGAGGCGCACGGCGCCCCGCGGAGCUUUGCGGAAGAUCAUAAAGAAGCACAAGCCUCACUUACGGCUGGCGGCCAACACCGACUUGCUGGUACAUUUGAGCUUCUUGUUGUUUCUCCAUCGGUUAGCAGAAGAAGCCAGGACAAAUGCUUUUGAGAACAAAAGUAAAGUAAUUAAACCUGAGCAUACUAUAGCUGCAGCAAAGGUUAUUUUAAAGAAAAGCAGAGGAUAGAGGAGAAAAAAAAAAAAAAAAGAAAUGCAGAGCCUACUAAACAUCAGUGGAAUUUCCAAAGGUUUUUCUGUGUUUUCUUACUAACUUGAGAUUCUGCGAGCCAACUUUGCACCUGUAAAAGCAUUUAGUCUUAUUUAUAUCCAUCUCCUGACUCUUGCUUCUGCUAUUGAAAAAUACAUACAUGCACACACACUGUAAUGUUUUCAUACACUUGAUAAAAAUUUUUAGAAUGUAUCAUUUACGGACAUAACGAUUAGUGUAAUUUAAGAUUUGUUGUACUUAAUUUCUCCCAUAAUAAUGGAAGGAUCCUACUGUGCACAUUCUUCAAGUACGUGUAAUUCAUCCUUAGAAGUGUGAAACUUUUAAAGAGGAACAGCAGUAAGGAUACAAUUUUCACUAA